AUGGGAGAUGCGUUAAGAGACCAGCUUCUUUCCCUGAAAGUGAUGAGGCUGGCGCGACCGAAAUUUCACGAGAAUGUCUGUUUGCCAGUCGAUCCACUAGAUCCCAUGAGCGGCUUGAUCGAAUCGGCAGUAUGCAGGAUGACGGGGCAGGAACAAGCCGAUGUGCCCGUUAGCCAAUACCUUUUAGUGCCACAAAUUUUUGACAACUUAUACUUGGGUGAAACGUUUACAUUUUAUAUAUGCGUCCAGAAUGAAAGUGUACACAAGGCUACUGAGAUAUGUGUUGACUUACAAACUUCGAAUAGACGGGUGGCACUUGUUCCAAAAAUGGAGGAAGCAAAUGCAACUUUAGGAUCUGGUGAACAUCUGGGUCAAGUCGUAAGCCAUGAAAUUAACGAGCAAGGCCAACAUAUGUUAGUCUGUGCCGUUAGCUAUAAAAAUCAGGCAAAUGAAAAGAUGUUUCUUCGGAAAUACUUUAAGUUCCCAGUAACGAAGCCGAUCGACGUGAAAACAAAGUUUUAUAAUGCUGAAGUCCUUUUGGAACCGACUGAUUUUUAUCUUGCCUCAGAAAUCUCUCCUUUACCUGCUGAGAGCGACAAUGAUUCAGAACAACGGUACUUGAAUCGAAUGGAUGUUAGGCAGUUCCUUUUUUGCUUGAAGCCUAAUGUGGCUGACUAUUCCUUGAAUUAUUACAAAGGAGGUACUUCUAUCGGGAAACUGGACAUGGUGUGGAGAACAGCAAUGGGUGAAAGGGGUCACAUCCAGACUAACGCCUUACAACGAAUAAUGGUUUGUAGGCUACAUAACUGCAGUGAACGGCCACUUGAGUUGGUGCUAACAUUAAAUGGCAGCCUUCAACCUGGGAUCAUUUUCUCCUGCGUAAGUGGUCUACACUUGGGGCAGUUACGGCCGAAUAAUGUUGUCGAUUUUACGCUGCAACUUCUUCCUCUUCAAACUGGUCUUCAGUCGAUUUCUGGGAUUCGCGUGACCGACACUUUCUCGAAAAGAACUUAUGAACAUGAUGAAAUUGCUCAAGUUUUAGUUUUGUGA